GGUGUUCAUAUCACAGAGAAAGAAAAAGACUACAAAAGGCGAAGAAAGAAGAGGGCACCAACCAAGCAUUGAGCCAAACCACAACCGACCCGUCUUUGCGGAGAGAGAGGGAGAGAGCUCCUCGAGAAUUCUAUAACAGGAAACCCACGAUCCCCAACCGCAAACCUCUCUCUCUUCAAUUUACUCGCUCCUGUUUCACUGUCUCAGUUCGCUAAUCGAUUCUAUCUUCUUCAGUUUUUAUUCUUGAUUGAUUCCUCUUCCGUUUCAUAAUGAAAAAGAGAGCUAGAACCACUCCCGAUAAGGCGGUGCCCAAUGUUUGGCAACGGGAGGUUGGUGAGCUCUCCACCCGGAAUUUCGCUCACCGUCUCGCUGCAUCUGAGGAUCUUGUACUGCGACUUGAUAUAUACAAGAAGCUAGAGAAGCACAGAGGCUGUGUAAAUACGGUAAGCUUCAAUGCUGAUGGUGACAUUCUGGUGUCAGGUUCUGAUGACAGGCGGGUCAUACUCUGGGAUUGGGAAACUGGGCGUAUCAAGCUUUCUUUCCAUUCUGGUCAUAAUAACAAUGUUUUUCAAGCCAAAAUAAUGCCUUACACAGAUGAUCGAAGUAUUGUUACAUGUGCUGCAGAUGGUCAGGUUCGACAUGCUCAGAUUCUGGAGCGUGGAGCAGUGGAGACUGCGUUGCUAGCAAAACACCAAGGACGAGCUCAUAAGUUGGCUAUUGAGCCUGGGAGCCCUCAUAUAUUUUAUACUUGUGGCGAGGAUGGAUUGGUUCAACAUUUUGAUCUGAGAAGUAGGCGUGCUACAGAACUUUUUACUUGUCAACCAAUUGAUGAUAGGAGGAAUUACAUGCCAGUUGUCCACCUAAAUGCAAUUGCAAUUGAUCCCAGGAAUCCAAAUCUCUUUGCAGUUGCAGGAUCAGAUGAGUAUACUCGAGUUUAUGAUGUCCGCAUGUAUAAGUGGGAUGGAUCAACCGAAUUUGGUCAACCUAAAGAUUACUUUUGUCCUCCACAUUUGAUUGGUGAUGAGCAAUUUGGAAUUACAGGCUUGUCAUUCUCAGACCAGAGCGAGCUUCUAGUCUCAUAUAAUGACGAGUUCAUCUAUCUUUUCACACGAGACAUGGGAUUGGGUUCCAAUCCAGACCCAUCCUCUCCAGUUUCCACAGGCAGCGAUGUAAAGGAAAUGGUGCCUAUGGAUGCUGAUGACAAAACCACUCCCCAAGUAUACAAAGGACAUCGAAAUGCUGAGACUGUGAAAGGGGUGAGCUUCUUUGGACCUGGAUGCGAGUAUGUGGUAAGCGGGUCAGAUUGUGGUCGGAUAUUCAUUUGGAAGAAAAAGGGUGGGGAGCUCAUUCGUGUCAUGGAAGCGGAUAAGCAUGUGGUGAACUGUAUUGAAUCUCAUCCUCAUACCACUGUGCUCGCUAGUAGUGGAAUCGAGACUGAUAUAAAGAUAUGGACUCCAAGAGCUGUUGAGAGAGCUACUCUUCCUACAAACAUUGAAAAGGUUCUGAUGCAUGAUCGCAUUCACUGGUUUGCAAUUGGUGACGAGGAUGAUGAUGACGAUGAUUAUUUCUCUGAUGACGAUGACGAUGAUUAUUUCUCUGAUGACGAUGACGAUGACGAUGACGAUGAUGAUGACGACGAUGGUGAUGGCAAUGAUGACAAUGAUAGUGGUGGUGAUGAUGACAAUGAUGACACUGACGAUGAUUAUAAUGAUGAUGAUUGCGAUGAGGAUAUUGAUAAUUUUGUUGACGGUUAUGAUGAUGCAAAUGAUGAUUCUGAUUUACACUUUCUGUGUUCAGCUGAAACCGAAGGCUAGGGGCUGGAUGUACCAAGUAGCUUCACCAGAGGACCUGAUGUUGCAACUAUUUUCGAUGCAAAGGCAGAGGACUAUCCCAGAGCAGAAUGGCGAGAGCUCAGCUGCUGGUAGAGAACUUCUAGAACUUAUAUUGACAUUCAAUGCCAACAGCGAUUCAGAUGAUGGAGCGGACUCAUCAAGUCGUGAUGACCU